CUUACUUAUUAUUUUAACAUCUUUUCUAGUAAUUGAUUAUCAUCUGAAGCAAAGAAAUCUUACUAGAAGCAGCAUUAGAUGGUCACACCCUGACACAAAGGUUUCAAGCAAGGUGAAAGCUUUAGUAGAUAUUUGGAGCAAAGGUUUGGAUCAAGUGAUCCGCAAAGAUACCAGUAGAUUCAAAGCUCCAGCAGGAGUUCCUUUUCCACCUCACAUCCAAGAUUGUAAAAGAUGCAAUGAGCUGCAUACAAGGAUGGAUCGUCGUGGAAAAGAUGGUGAACUGCCUCCAUGGAACUUGUGGGAAACUGCUAUUGGGGAGGAUUCACAAGAGAGCAUCUCGAAUUUGAUACCAUGGAUUAGCGGUGGUAAUGACGACAAUCUUCCCUUGACAAGGCUUGUGCAGCAUGAUUUGUGGCUCCACCAACACCCCAAAGAUUGUAGCAAUGCAACAUUUCUCUUGGCACACUGGCACAGUGAUAGUUUUCCUAUUGGUGCUGGUUCUCAAAUUACAUACCUUUCAUCCAUACUUUCUCUAGCUGUGAGUGAAGGAAGAGUUUUUGUUACAUUGCCUUACCAUGGAGCAAACCAUCAGGGAUGCACAGGACAAAAUUAUAUGAGGUGGUCUUGCUAUUUUGCUCCGGAGGCCUCUAAAGAAUGUAUCAGUCGUGCUAUGGAAUUAUAUUCUGAUGAGAAUGCAUGGAAUCAAGGGAUAUUAAAAAAAUCGAACAACACCCUUGGUCCGUGGUCUGGUGUACCAAGGAUUUGGGGUGAACCAUGGAAGAAAAUGCGACUAACAGAGGAGUUAAAUGGAGCAGUUUUGGGAGAUAUUUAUUACUAUAAUAAACGGAGGUGGUGGAGAGCACAGGCUUAUCGUUAUCUAAUGCGUUUUCCAAGUGAGUAUCUUUGCAACUUAUUAAACCAAGCCCGACAUCAAGCAUUUGGAAUAAAAGCUGCUAGAGCUAUUGUCCUCUCUCUACCAAGAGAUUUGCCAGUUAACUUCCUGCAAGAGCAAGCCCAAACUCCCCUAGAGGAAUUUGUGUGGAGCAAGUAUGGACCUUGGAUUCCAAGACCUAUAGUAAGCAUCCAUGUAAGGCAAGGAGAUAAAGGUGGGGAGAUGACACUCCAUCCUUUCAAAGACUACAUAAACCUUGCAAACACGUUGAGAAGAAAAUUUCCAGACUUGGAGAACGUAUGGCUUUCCACAGAGAUGCAAAGCGUAGUUGAUGAGACCAUGGAUGUUAAGGAUUGGAAAUUUUACUUCACGAAGGUGGAGAGGCAAUCUGGGACAAUUGCCAUGACCAAGUAUAUGAAAUCUCUUGGCAAGAGGACUGCAUUUGACAAUAGCUAUGUCAAUUUGAUGAUGGCUGUAGAGGCUGAUUUAUUCGUUGGAGCUCUGGGAUCCGGGUGGAGUUAUAUAAUUGAUUGCAUGAGGAUGACCAAUGGCAAACUCAAUGCGGGUUUUCUUAGUGUCAAUUCCAUAAGCAAGGAUUAGAAUUAAAGGACAUUUGGAAAACUUCCACCAUGGUAUAUGCCUUUAAAUAUCGACU